AUGUCAAUUAAUUGUUUACCGUCCGAAAUUCAAUUAAUCAUUUUAAAUUAUUGCGAUUUCUUCUCGUUACUUCAAUUACGACAAGUAUCAAAGUAUCACAAAUGGCUUGUUGAGUAUAAUUUAUGCUAUCGAAAUCAUCUUGACAUUGUUUCUGAUUAUUUAACUAUAUUUUACAAUUGUAAAUGGAGCAAUUUCAAUAAACAAAAUGUUUGUGAUGCAAUUUUUGAUAAAAUUUUUUCAUUUAUCAAUCUUUAUAUGCCUGGCUUACGUGACCUAUCAUUUCGUCAUUGUUCAAUUGUUCUCACAUUAACCGGUUUAAUUCAGCUAGCAUCAGCAACACCAAGAUUAUAUCGAUUAGAUUUAAGUCAAACUUGCAAUAAGCCAUUUUUUGAAACAGAUGCAAUCUUAGCAUUGCAAUAUUUUCGACAAUUGAAAAUAUUGAUUAUGGACGGAUUUAUGUCUCAAAAAACUAUUGGCAAAGGAUGUUCAUAUCGAUUAGAAGUACCACCUAUACGUUUUAUGCAACAUUUGGAAAUGCUUGUGCUCAAUUGUCCAUAUGACACUUUAGCCAGAAUAUUAUAUUCAUUAUGUGAAACUAAUUGCUAUUUGUACAAAUUGAAACAUAUAAGUCUCGGGGUACGGUAUAGCACUGCAAAAUAUCCGGAAUUACUGAUCUGGUUUCUGGUAACACAUCGUUCAUUGCGUUUUGUACAUAUUUGGAAUGCUUUAUUUGCUACUAAUGAUCAGUUGAAACGAUUUUACACUGCAUUAAUUUCAUUACCGAAACUCACUGAGUUAUACUUGGAAAGUUGCGAAUUAUGUGAUCGAAUUGAUUCAUCGAUAGAAGUUCAAUUUCUUAAAAGUAUUACUUUACGUGGUAUCCGUUGGAAUGGUUUAGUACGUAGUAUGCGUUAUAAUCCUGAUGGCAAUCACUGA